AUGAAGAGCAUGGUGGGUGCGGCGACCCCUGCUACCGCGGACGUGCGGUCGCGGGCGGCCAGCAUGGCGAGCAGCAGCUUCACCGGCGCGCGGGUGACGCACGCGAAGCAGGCCCGCGUGGUGUCGCGCAAGGCUGAGCUGACGGUGACGGCGAAGGUGGGGGGCAAGUCGAAGCAGGCCAAGCCCGUGGUGGACAAGCGGGCCCCCAACAACCCCACGACGGUGUCCGCGAUCAUCCUGGGCGGCGGCGCCGGCUCGCGGCUGUACCCGCUGACCAAGUCCCGCGCGAAGCCCGCGGUGCCGAUCGGCGGGCUGUACCGUCUGAUCGACGUUCCGAUGUCGAACUGCAUCAACUCGGGCAUCAACAAGGUGUACAUCCUGACGCAGUACAACAGCACGUCGCUGAACCGGCACAUGGGGCAGACGUACAACCUGGGCAACCUGCAGACGGGGAGCCAGGGCUUCGUGGAGGUGCUGGCGGCCACGCAGACCCCGACGGACAAGAACUGGUUCCAGGGCACGGCCGACGCGGUGCGGCAGUACGCGUGGCUGCUCGAGGACAUCAAGAACCGGAACAUCGAGGACAUCGUCAUCCUCUCGGGCGACCACCUGUACCGCAUGGACUACAUGCAGUUCGUUGACGCGCACCGCGAGUCGGGCGCGGACAUCACGCUGGGGUGCAUCCCGUGCGACGACGAGCGCGCGUCGGACUUCGGGCUGAUGAAGAUCGACGACGAGGGCGCGGUGACCGAGUUCGCGGAGAAGCCCAAGGGCGACGCGCUCAAGGCCAUGCAGGUCGACACCACCGUCCUGGGCCUGAGCCCCGAGAAGGCCAAGCAGAUGCCCUACAUCGCGUCGAUGGGCAUCUACGUCUUCAAGAAGGACGUCCUCCUGCAGCUGCUCAAGUACAAGUACCCGCACGCCCACGACUUCGGCGGCGAGAUCAUCCCCGCGGCCGCCGCGCAGGGCCUGCGCGUGCAGGCCUACCUGUUCGACGACUACUGGGAGGACAUCGGGACGAUCAAGGCCUUCUUCGAGGCCAACCUCGCGCUCGCGAACCAGCCCCCGGCGUUCGAGUUCUACGACCCGGACUUCCCCGUGUACACCUACCCGCACUACCUGCCGCCGGCCAACGUGCUGCAGGCGCAGGUCGACCGCAGCAUCGUGUGCUCGGGGUCGUCCAUCGGGCAGGGCGCGAAGAUCAAGAACUCCAUCAUCGGGCUGCGCUCCACCAUCGGCGCCAACUGCGACAUUGACCGGGCCUACGUCAUGGGCGCCGACUACUUCGAGACGCCGGCGCAGGUGCUGAGCGAGGGCAACGGGAUGCCCAUGGGCGUCGGCGAGGGCACCACGCUGCGCAACACCAUCGUCGACAAGAACGCGCGCAUCGGCAAGGGCUGCACCAUUGUCAACAAGGCCGGCGUCGAGGAGGCCAACCGCGAGGACGAGGGCAUCUACAUCCGCUCCGGGAUCGUCACCGUGCUGCGCAACGCCACCGUCGACGACGGCACCACCAUCUAA